GAAAGCAAUUAAAAAGUAUAUAUAUACAAAUAAAUACACAUCAAAUGAAAAAUAAUACUUACAAGCCGGCAAAACCUAAAGGUUUACAAUAUUAUUUAUUGCUCUUUUGUGAAAUAUGUAAAUCAUUGCAUUCAGAAUAAUGGCUUUGCAAGAAUACAAGCAUUAUUUCCCAAUAGAUAGCAUACAAAAAGUGUGUGAUCUGUUUGAAGAACAACUACGCAGUGAAAAAGAGGCAGAUUUGGCUUUGUUUUCUAUUAUUGUCGGCGCGGUUGAAAAUAAUUUAACCAAUGUAAAAAACAGCGACAAGGAAGUUAAUUUGGCGGCAAACAAAGUUGGGAAAAUGAAAUUUCCGUCUGUUGAAUAUGAAGAAGUAAAAUCACUACACGAACGGUUUGUGACACUAAUGCGAGGAGGCGUCGAUGUGAAACUGCUAAAUGGAACCUAUACUACAAGGGACCUGGUCAAACGAGUUGCCGAUGUGGUUUGGAAUUCUUUGACUCGCAGUUACUAUAAAGACCGAGCACAUUUGCAGUCCAUUUACAGUUUUUUAACAGGAAAUAAACUAGACUGCUUUGGUGUAGCAUUUGCUGUAACUGCAGGAUGUCAAGUUCUCGGCAAACAGGACGUGCAUUUAGCCUUGUCUGAGGAUCAUGCUUGGGUUGUAUUUGGGAAAGAUGGCACGGAAACAGCUGAGGUAACUUGGCAUGGCAAAGGCAAUGAAGACAAACGUGGAAGAUCGGUGGGAGAUGGUGUAUCUGCUCGAUCAUGGUUGUAUGUGGCUGGUAAACCAGUGAUAUGUACCAGAGUAAUGGAACUCGCUGCUCUUGUCUCUUCAAUCAACCCUACAUUAACACAAACUACUGAUGUCCAUGAAAUUGCUCAAAUGCAGCAUAGACUUCUGUGGUUAUUAUAUGACAAUGGUCACUUAGAUGCUUAUCCAAUGGCUUUGGGCAAUCUUGGAGAUUUAGAUGAAUACAUGAGAAUAGCAAAUUGUUCUGCAGAGUCUGAUGAAUUGCCUUUACAUAAUGAACUGGAAAAUUUGCGCCCAGAUGGUACACCUAGACCAGACCCAGCUGCUCUUUAUGCACAAGCUAUUCGAUCAUCAAGAACAAACUAUGAUGAUCGCCAUGUAUAUCCAUACACUUUCCAAGGAGGGCAUUACCAUCGCAAUAAAAUGUACAAAGAAGCUUUUCAUGCAUGGGCCUGUGCUGGUGAUGUUAUUCGACACUACAAUUACUCUCGUGAUGAUGAAGAGAUAUACAAGGAGUUUUCUGAAAUAGCAAAUGAAUUAAUUCCUCAAUUAAUGAAAGCUGAGAGUUCUGGACAUUCUGCCAGAUCCAUACUGAAAGACCCAGAGUGCUUUGCUUCUUUGCUUAGAUUUUAUGAUGGUAUCUGCAAAUGGGAAGAAGGUAGUCAAACGCCAAUUCUUCAUAUUGGUUGGGCAAAACCUUUGGUGAGCACAAUAUCAAAAUUUGAUGCAGAAGUAAGAGCCCAAGUUCACAUUAUAUGCAAAACUGAUACUGAUGAACAUUCAGAGUCGACAAAAGGCACAGAAAAUGCUGAAAAAGAUAAAGGAGAUAAUGAUAAAUGGAAUAACAAUGCGGACAAUGCGGAGAUGUCUGUGCGUGAACAGCUAACAGCCGCUGUAAACAGUCGGCCCCGAGUUACACUGUACAGCCAUAAGAUGGCUGCACUGAGACCUUUGCUUUUAGCUGAACGUCUAAAUACUCAUGCAUUGCAAUUACAGUUAACAGCACAAAGUCAACUACAACGGCCACAUGCGCCGACUAAGAAGAGAGAUGUGGAUGACGCUAACGCCUCUCUACCCACGGCACGCGCCAAGCGAGCUCGCCGUGAACGUUGAAGUCAUUGGUAAUUUUUUCGAUUAGAAACCAAAUACGCUUCUCUUUUAGACUGGUACCGAUGUACCUAAAUGAGUGAUGUAUACAAAGUAUUUUAUGUAGUUUAUGUGUUUCUAUUAGAUUGUUAAUGUUGGUAUAUUAAUUAUUAUUCUGGGUGAUAUCAUGUAUUUUUAGAUUCAAGUUUAAAAGUGAGCAGAACACCCAAUAAAUAUGAAUGCAUUUAUUAAAAAUAUUAUAACUUUGGAUGUUAUUGAUAACUCAUCUGCAAAUUCGUGAAUGGAAUAUGGCGGUUAGAUAUUUUCUAUAAUGCCAUAUCUUGCCAAUCUAUGAUGUAGGGUGCUGUUAUAUGGAAGUAUAACAAUCAUAGCUUAUAAAAAGCUGAUUUAAAUGGCGUUUUAAUGAGUGUUAUCAGUUGUUAAAUACCUGUAGACAUUAAAUUUUAUUAAAAUGAUAAUAUUCUUCAGAGGAUAUGAAAACCCCUAACGCAAGCUAUCAACUUAAUUCGAACCUUUGUGAGUUCAUUAUAUAUUUAAAAAUAUAUACUAUAUAUAUGUUGAUGACAACAUAUAAUAAUUAUUUACAUUCACUAAUAUCCCACCAACUAAGUUACUGUACUAGUACUUAUAAACAUUUUUAUAAUAUGAUUUAUUGUUAUACAAUGACAAUAUAAAAAUAUUGCAACUAGUAAGAUAUAACACUGUCUCUGAGUGUAAUUAAUUCUUCAAUAGAUUAACAUUGUUUAAAAUCGUGUUUGAUAGCACUGUUCCAGUGUGUACCUAAACAUAUAUAAGCAUAGAACUUUAAUGUCUUAAAGUCACGAAUGAAUAGGUUGCUUAUGGGCAGGCGUGCUCCAUCGUCGACCACAUCUUUGCUUAUCACCAGAGAUCGGCCGGCAAGAGCGGUCAAACCCCAUUUAUUAAAUAGUUAAGAAAUGUAGCAAACCCUAGGGGUCUCAACUGCUUUAUUCUAUUAUUUUAUUUAGAUAAGUAAGAGCAAGAAAAUCCCUAAAAUAUGUAAUUUUAAUACUCUUAACAGUCUCGUAAAAUACUUGAACUCGAUCACCGUAACAGUAUACAUAAUUUAAAAAACCUACUUGUGCUACAAUAACAAAAACGUUUCGAUCUUUCUAUUUAGGUAUACGUUUUCGCAAUGCAGUUUUCCUUCCGUAGUUGACGGUAUUUAUGUAUGUAGAUAUAUAAAUGAAUAAUAAAGAUUUUAACAUACAUAGAAAAGAAUAAUAUGAAAUGUGUUAAAUAAAUCAUUAUGGUUUUAAUCUGUAUUCUACGUCAUAAUAUUAAGUAAUAUUUUAUUAAUUUAAAUUAAUGUUGAAACAAAAAUAUCUAUUUAUAAAAUGUUAGUCAUCUAUAUGCCUAUAUUUUAGCACCGAAACAAAUUGAUAUUCGUAAGUUUGUAGUUUACGGUGUAUCUCUCGAAACAUUAAGGUUGUUCAAUAUAUUCAGUAUAUAUUUAUAUAAUAAUUAUAUUGUAUUAUAAGCAAUUUAUAGUACAUUUGUACUGCAAAAUAAUACGGCAUAAUAAGCCUUAAUAUUAUGCUGAAAUUAAUAAUGAUCGCCACUUGUUUGUAGGUUUCAUAAUUAUGAGUCUUGUGAAAAUGUAUUGUACUUCGAUUUAAAAUCCUAUUUUACUAAAUAAUUUUUGUGCACGCAGUGUCAUAAUAAUUUAUGAGUUUUCAUCACAUUAAUGUAGGUUUUAAUUUUUAAGAUAUACUUUUGCAUUUAAAUCUGUACAAGAAGACGCUAAGUUAUUUUAUUAUAUCAACUAUUUUCAGUAGCUUAUACAUUGACAACUUUAUUUUGCUUACCCACCGCAUAGCUUGAUAAACUAUCAUGAAUAGUUGUUUGUGACUAUAUCUGUUUAGAAUAAGAUUGAUAAAAAUCUUCUAAGUACUUUAUUAUGUAAUAAUGUGUGUGUAUAAGAUGUAUCCUAAGUAAUACUAUUCAUUUCCAAUUACAUAGUAUAUAUUUUAUAUACUGGACUUUCUAGAUAAAAUAGAAAACUCUUAAAUAGUAUGUAUUCCAAGAAAAUAAUGGAGCUUGCUUAAAAUGUUGUGCUGUGCAUUAAUUUCUGGUUUAAGUAUUUUUUAAAUUAUAAUGAUAAAUAUUUUCGAUUUAUAUGUUGAUUUGUGGCAUAAUACUUAAUGUACUGUUCUCCACUUUUUGAACUUAAAUGGAUAGUGCUAAUAGAAAUCUGUUUACAAUAGGUAAAGUUACAGUUUCAUUGAACUACAACAUAAAAUGUACAUUAACUAAUUAAUUAGAUGAAAGAAAAUUGUCUGUGGAUUUAGUAGAGAUCCAUAAUAUAGGUGUAAAAUAUUAUUAACUUUAUUGUUGGUCUGUCCCGACUACCGAACAAGAGGUGAUAGGUUCGAUUUCUGGUUUGGACAAAGAAUGAUUGUUUUCGUUUUUCGAAAUUCUUAGUACUAUUAUUAAGAUAGUGGCCUGAGUCUGGAACUGUGCCUGGCAACAGUGAUAAUAUCUUGAAGACGUACUUGCGAACAAUACGUCUCUGCUGACCUCUUCAGAGAAAUACAAGCUUGAUGCUUUAUGUUAUUCCUAAUUUUAAAAUAAAUCCAAUCAACUGCUCUUCAUGUUUCACAUUCGAGCAUAAACUUUGUUAUCUCAAAUCAAAUAUGAUUUGUUUAGGCCAAGGCAGAAACAAAAGAUUUAAUUCAUUGUUAAUAUAAUCAUCCUCAUUAUGAAUUCUGUUAUGUUAUAAAUUAUUUGUAACUAGGUAUGCCAUCAUCGAUUAAAUCGAUAUGCGAUUCCCAUUUGAAUUAUAAAAUAAAUAAAUAAACAUAG